UUAAGUCCUGUCCUAAAGCCGAGAGCAAUGGUUGAUAUGGAGUGGUAUAACACUUACGGCUCAAUUUUUGGAAUCUAUGAUUGUGGAAAACCCCUGCUAUAUGUGGCGGACCCGGUGCUCAUCAAACAGAUUCUGGUGAAAGACUUUCACACAUUCCGUAACAGAACACAAGUCCCGGGAAUCGUCUCAAAGUCAAUGCCCAGAGCGUCGGAUGAGGACUGGAAACGUAUCCGCGCGAUAGCGAGUCCCGCAUUCACUUCGGGUAAACUCCGACACAUGUAUCCACUGCUCAACGAGUGUUGCCUUCACUUAUUGGCCGAACUCGAUAGAGACGUGUCCACCAGUGGUGGUCACCGGGAAGUGGACGUCAAGCAUGUGAUGAGCGCCUAUACACUCGAUGGGAUCGCCAGCACUGCGUUUGCUAUCAAUACCAACUCAUAUUCCAACCCAAACAACGAGUUCAUCACAACUGCCAAUAAGAUCGCAAACUUAAUCUUUUCUACCAAUGAUUGGCAUAAGAUAUUAGCCAUGAUUUUGCCCACAUUUCUAACUAAUAACCGAAUGUGGAAACGGAUGGCAACCGGCGGUCGUCCCGCCGACCAGUUUUUCAAUGAUGUCGCCCGACGUGUGAUGUCUGAGCGCAAGAAAUCGGCUCAAAAACACAACGAUUUCUUACAGCUGUUGAUGGAUGUGGAGAGAGAGGACGACACCAGCGACACGACAACCGGUGCCGGCGAUGCUAUGUUUGGACAUCACGUCAAUGAAAGCGUCGACGAACUGAUGGCAGAGAAACAGGCGUUUAGUGGAGUGUUGGCCAAGAAGUUGACCGCCGAUGAGAUACUCGCGCAGUGCUCAGUGUUUUUUACGGCCGGUUAUGAGACGACUGCACUGACCCUAACGUACUGUACGUAUGAAUUGGCAGUCAAUCCCGAUAUUCAGGACCGGUUGGUGGCGGAGAUCAGAGACGCGUUCAAUGAAAACACAGACAUAGACUACGACACCCUUUGCCGACUCCCACUCCUCGACGCCGUUAUAUCGGAAACUCUCCGCAAAUAUCCCACGGAUUCAAGA